CUCAAUUCGCACUGGCGUACGCGUCUGGCCGCCCUGCGCUUGCUCAAACAGACCUUUGACACCCUGGUAGAAUCCGACGAUCAAGUCAGUGACCUCGGCGUAGCCUCUUGUCUCGUGGGAGACACACUGGCUGCCCUUUCCGAAGCCCUUGAGGACGACCGGCCCGAGGUGGAGGCCGCUGCCAAUCGCCUGUUUGCUGAUCUUGAAGCAGUUGGAGCUACUGUGUCUCAGACGUAG